UGUUACUACUGCAACAAGUGACUGGCAGCCUAGUAAGGGCAAAGCAAGGGAAUAUUUUGUAACUGAAAAGAAAAAGACAAGAAAGAUGCCUUCCCAGGAAAAGAAAACAAUGUUCUUUAGAUGCAUGGCAUACAACCAGAUAGAGACCCCUACUGUAACAUGGAAGCCAGAAAGAACAGCCUUUAUAUCUCAAAUUAACUAUUCCUCAUGGGUGAAGCCAUGUUGUCUUGAGAUAAGAGAAAAUUGCUAUGGAGUUAAAAAUGGGAGAAAAUGCAAAGUUAUUCAAUUUAAUAAAGCAACAAAUAAAGAAUCAACUUUGACACAGGGCUCCUUUCCAUUACAAAAUGCAAAAAUGAUUUCAUCUAUUCUCAUUUCACAAACGAUUGAUGAAAAUAAAUCAAGAGAAAAUAAGUCUGCUUUCCCUGUGCAGUCUGUAAUCACCCAAUCUGAUGUUUAUCACAUGAACCAAUCUUUGGCUAAUCAUAACUCAGUCAACAUUAAUACAGCAUUCAUAUUUCUUCCAAGAAAAUUAGGAUUUCAGACAACUUCAGAGGACAAUGUAUUUAAUAGCAAAGAAGAGAAAUCAUGGCAUAACCAGAAGAAAGGUUUUGCUUCCAUUACAAUCACUGCUAAGCGAGUUGUUCCACCUUCAAACAAUAACAUUCAGGCAAAUACUUUUGACCCUUCUUGCUUGGAGUGCCAAGAAAAUAAGCAGCUAAUAACAACGGUUCCCACUUCAGGUGUAACUGGCUUACGUAAACUCUCCCAGUCUUUGCAUUCUCAAGCAAAUGACCAAAAUCGAAGUGUCAAUGAAAUAACAGAUUCUGAGUCUCGUCUGCAGAGCUGCAAGAGGCAAUCUGACUGGAUUUCUAACUCCCCAAAGAGAAUGAUCCCCUCAGAUAACACCCAUAAGAAGCAGACACCUCUUUCUUUCACGUCAAGUGUUCACCUCACUAUUUCCCAACAGUGUCCAAAAACAAUAUAUUACGUAGACAAGUCUCUUUUGGUACCUGUUGAUCAACUUCAGACUAAUACUCAAAAAAUGCAUCGGUCAGUAGUGUCUUUUCAUAUAAAUUGCAGUUCUCAAAAUACAACACCAGAUGGAGUGGAUAGUUUAGCUAAUGGGAAGUUAAUCACAAAAGUAGUUAAGUUCCCAGAGGAUCAUAAGGCAUCAUUCAAAGCAAUUUGGAAUUCAGAUCUCCAAGAUAUCUACUUGGAUAAAAAACAGAGACUGGAAAUUGAAACUUUAGGAACCGAAGAUUUCUGGAAAAAUGCCUCUCCAUCUGAAACUCUGUCAGUUUUGACCAAUCCUCAGGAAGUUGAUAAUUUAAGAGAAAUAAAGAACAAUGAUAUACCUUCAAGUGAAAAUCCCAUGACAUUAUCUAGUUACUUUCCUCACUGGACUUACUAUGAAGAUGCACAUGGAUUCUCAGGAAGCAACAGAAAGCAAAGCAGGAGAGACAAAUACCACGAACUUGCAUCUGCUUCCUUUCUGGAGCAAUCAUCUAAAAAAGAAUCAAUAAUAGAUGGUAGGAUUUCUUUGAAAGACAAACAUCUACCCAAAGGUACAUCAGAGUCCAAAGUUCAAGCUUUCCAAAACCAAAAGUUUUCUGAUCUUGCACACCACAUCAAGAUAUCAUCAAAAUCAUUACUGGAUGAAAAUGAUUGUAAUAGGAAAGUUCUGUGCUCCAAAGGUGAUUACAAAUUAUAUGGGUCAGCCAGCCAGUCCAAAGAACAUAAGAUAAAUGUGAAUAAAGAGAUGGUCAAUAGGUUAACCACCUCUGCAGCCCAUGAACCAGAUGUUCAUCAUGAGAAAUAUGAAGCUUUCCAACUUUCAGAGGUCUGCUUUGAGCCUGAGAAAAUUCCUGCAAGCCCACUGACUCUCAGGGAGGCACUGGAAGUUCACAAGCCUCAUUUUAUUUCCCGCUCACAAGAACGAUUAAAAAAACUUGAACACAUAGUACAACUGAGGAAAGCACAAUGUGAAAGUGAGAAUUUGGGGAAAAAACAAGGAACUGAUCUAUCCUGCAAGCUUUCCUCAACUUCCAUUACAAGUAAGAAGAAACAAUAUACAGUUCCUCAUCCACUGAGUGAUAACCUGUUCAAACCAAAGGAACGGUACAUUUCAGAAAAGGAGAUGCAUAUGCGAUCAAAAAGAAUUUAUAACAAUCUUCCUGAAGUGAAGAAGAAACAAGAAGAGAAACAGAAACGGAUAAUCAUACAGAGCAAUAGAAAGCGGGUUGAAAUAUUCAAAAAGCAAUUAUUGGACCAACUUCUUCAAAGAAAUACAGAAUGAAUAAAAGAUUCCUGGAUACAACACAUCAUUCUUCUUGGAACUCCAAGGCCUUUGAAAAUUAAAAAGCCAUAUAAAUCUAGAAUGACCUUUAA